AUGAAAAAAGGCACAUGGGAAAUAUGGUUUUAAAAUAUGGGAGGAGAUUACAAAAAGGAAUAAUUGUAAUGGUUAUAUUAAUAUUUUAGAGGUUCUGGAUAAUAUGAUGAAUAAGAAGAAGGUUCAAGAAAGAUUGGAAGAUGGAUUGAGUAAAAAGAAGGGUAUGGGAUUAGAAAUUAAAUCAUUUAUUCUGGUGAAUAUGAUAAGCAAGAAAAAAAAAUUGGGAGAUGGGAUAUUUUAGAAAAAUAAUAUAGCAAUUUUACAUUGUGGUAUUAAAUAUAAUUUAAAAAUAUAAGUGGUUGUAUUAACUAUAAUUCGUAGGGAGUAGAGAUUUAUAAUAGCGAAAAUAGUUUGAAAAAUAAAAAGUAUAAUCAAUUUAUAGAAAUUAUUAGAAAUCCAAUAAUUUAUGUAGGAUCAUUUAAAAAUGAGAAAAAAAAUGGUAGAUGGGAUAUUAUGUUUAAAACAGGUUCUAAAUAUGAGUAAAUGUAAAUAAAGGUUAAAAUUAUUUAGUGGGGGCGGAUAGUAUGAUGAAUAUAAAGAUACUACAGUAAAAGUUGGGUAAUGGAUUGAUAUUGGAAAUGAAUAUGAAAUUUGUUCAUAAAUAACUUAUAAAGGUGAAUAUAAUAUGAAAGGGUAGAAAAUAGGUUAAUGGGAUGCAUUUUAUAAUUGGAAAAAUGAGAAUAAAAAAAUGUAAAAAUAUAUGUUAUAAUUAUAUUAGUGGAGGUGGAUUAUAUGAGGAAUGGGAAGAAAGUUCAAGAAAAAUUGGAAGCUGGAUUGAGUUGGAUGAGAGGUUUGAAUUAGGAAAUGAAAUAACUUAUAAUGGUGAGUAUAAUAAAGAUGGUAAAAAAGUUGGUACAUGGGUGGAAGUAGAUUUAGGAAGGGACCCAACUUAAUAAAUUAUAUAUGAAAAUUGA